AUGAGCACAUCCGAUGUCGAUAAUCCCACCGUAGACCUACGUUGGUCUGAGCUCUUUGCCACGAUUGAAGCCAAAUUCAAAGCCUCGAACAUCGCCAAUGAAAAGUGGUAUCUCACAACUUUAAGCGCGAUUACGACGACGCCAGAAUUACACCUUUGUGGCCAGCUAUACCUGUACCUGAUAGGCCAACAUGCACAUUCGACCAGCACUGCACGCUCGGAGUUGAUUCGACGCAUGCGCGAGGCACUAUUCAAGGAAAUUACUCUUGUCGGACUCCCAAAACCCUUAGAGGCACUCCUCAACAUCAACAAAUUUGUGUCCGAGGAAGAUGCGGAAUGUUCCUUCACCCGAGAAGGCUGGCAGCGCGACGACACAAAUCAUGCGCGGGGGAUGGACUGGUUAAAAUCGAUAUAUGCGCAUAAUACCAGUUCGCUGCUUGCCCUGUUCAAAAAUCAUCCAGACUUUGGCUUUUGGGUCGCUGAUAUCACCUAUGGGUUAGUCUUGUCCGACCGUCAGGUUUUGGACGACGUGGAUACAGAGCUGGUAGUCUUGCCGGCUGUCAUGGGUCAAGACAUGCCACGGACGACCUACUGGCAUAUCCGAGGAAUAAGGCGGUUGGGGAUCUCCAAGGAAGAUGUGGGAAUGGUCAUGGAGUGUGUACGUCUAGUGGUGGAGGCUUGCAAUUUGACAUUGAAGCAAGUGCCCGAUGUGGGUGACGUCGAAGGAGAUUUGUAG